AUGUUCAAACUUGUUCCUAUACUUCUUGCUUUUGCAGCUCUCACUCACGCUGACGCUGAUUGCGAAUACGAUUGUGAACCCAUCUACACCGUACAAUCCGACCCCUUCAAUCUCGUCCUCAUAUCCGAAGAUCCUUCCCUGAACGGCAAAACACUAUCUGCAUGCCAUGCAGGUGCAGCAGUUUUCACGCUCUGUCCCACGCUUUCAGAAGAAGGGGCCCAGUAUCCCGUUGUCCUGACCCACAACACAACGGACACUGCUAUAACAAAUGCACGUCUCCCAUCUAAGUCCUCCCCUGUCUUCCUCAUCAGCCCUACCGACCACCAAAAGAAACCCACAGCCCCCAUCCCCACAUCCACUAACACGCCCACCCAGAUCUUCGGCACCCAAGGCAUCCUUUCCUGGACCAUCCCCUACGACCCCUACCCCAUCGACCUCUCCGUGCUCCUCCAACCCCAAGACAUUGUCCCCUUGUCCAUUGCCCAACUGGCCAUGACCUACAGUGGCGACGGCAGCCUCUCUUUCGACAGCAACGACAUACUCAACUUCCAGAAUCCGAUUACUUGGGGGGCGGAGAAACCUGAAAUGGCCGCACAGUCUUCUCCCUCCUCCGCGCCAAAUACGCCUAUACCUAGCAGUUCUACGGAAACAAUCGUCGAUGUCUCCAGUACCUUUACGAGCACCUACUCCGCCGACUUCUCGAGCGGUCUCCCGGGCAUUGUCCUGAGCACAUUUACCUCCGGACGGCAGAAUGCCACCGCUACCUCGUCAACGACAACACAAGAGGUGACAGCCAUAGUCGGGCUGUCUCCUUCGACCGAAUCCUCAAACGGCACUGCUUCAUCGACCACGACAUCUGCUCGUCCAAGCCCGACUAAUACUCAGCCAUGCAAUGGAUACGUCGAGUUUUGCCAGAGAAGGUUUUCUAACAUCUCUAUGGUCGUCGCACAUAACAGCCCAUUCGUGAGGCCGCACAAUGCAGCCAGCAACCAAGACUACCCAGUGCUUAAUCAGCUCAAUGAUGGAGUUCGAGGGUUGCAAUUCGAGACCCAAAAACCCAACGAGACCUCCGCUAUACGCCUCUGCCAUACCUCCUGUAACCUGCUCGACGUGGGCACCCUCGAAUCAUACCUCGCAACGGUCAAAGGCUGGCUCGACCAGAACCCGUUCGAAGUCAUUGCUAUCAUGAUGGGCAACAACAACGGUCAGGAUACCCGAAACCCAGCGACAGACUAUAUCGCACCUUUUCAAAACUCAGGAAUUAUGGAAUACGUAUGGACACCGCCUUCGGCUAGUCUGAACCUGACGGGCUGGCCCACAUUGGCCGAGAUGAUUAUUAGGACUAAGCGUGUCGUGGUGAUGUUGGACUAUGGCGCAGACCAGGAACAGGUCCCGUGGUUGCUCAGCGAAUUCAACUAUCAGUGGCAAACACCCUUUUCGCCAACCGAUCCCGCGUUCCCUUGUACGGAGCAACGACCCCCAAAUCAGCCAGAAGAAGUCUCACGCGAGCGCAUGUACGUGAUGAACCACAACCUGAACAUCGAAGUCAGUCUCCCAGGCGUGAGCAGCAUUCUCAUACCAGCAUACUCCCUCCUCGAUGAGAUCAAUGCUGUGUCCGGAAACGGUAGCGUCGGUCUUAAUGUACAAAACUGCGAGAAAAUGUGGGCUCGUCCGCCGAAUUGGAUACUCGUCGACUACUACAACUAUGGCAACUUUAAUGGCUCUGUCUUCCAGGUUGCUGCGACGGCCAACAACGUCACGUACAAUGAGCAGUCAUGCUGUGGCACAGAGGGUACCAGCGCGGCGCAUAUUCUGAGAAGUCAACGGCUUUCCAUAGCUUCAUUGUUCGUUGGCGCUUAUCUGUUGUGGUGA